CAAAAUGGCUUCCGUCCUGAAAUCUUCAUCUGUAUCGAAUACAGUUUCUUAGGCACGAGGGGGGAGGACUGACGACGAGACAAGAGUGUGGGAGAAGAGGGGGCGGCAAGGAAGAACUCAGGCCUUGCUUUUCACUUUUCUUUUAUGUUUUAAUGUUUAUGCCGGGUUGUUUAUCCAGCUGAAGUAGCGAAACGGGGGUAGCAGGAAACCCAGCAUUUUGUGGAUAUUUUUAAGGACGAAACGGUAGAAUUUCCGGCGAGCUACCGACUCGAGUAAACGCCUUGUAACGAGUUUAGCGAGCCCGACGGUUUUUUACGUUUUAAAAUAGCAUUUUUGUAUUUAUAAUACGCUUAUUUGUUUUAUUUUAUUUAGCUUUCGUAAUCAGGUCAGUAGGCAAAUUGCCAGCUCAGUUUCUCGAGGUUUGUUUAAUACCACAGUGCGACUCGACAUGACAUGAUGGGCUUCCACAGCUCCGCCACCGGCUGAGGCAACAAACCCUGCUCGCAUUUUCCGUGUUACCUGCGAAACACACCACCCGAUUCCGUGCAGUUUUUAUACUGAUAUUUUUUUUUUCAUAUUCGCUGAUUCCCUGCCGCCUGGAAUUUAGCUAAAUAGUAGCGUGACCGAUUCGUUGUAAACACCGCCGGCCCAAACUCAGUCCUCGGACUAAAGUUUCGCCGCCGGCCGCCCGAAGCAGCGCAGUGUCUCGCAGCCGUGCGACGUCAUGGGCGACAGCCGAGAUUCCCGCAGCCCCGACAGCUCCUCUGUGUCGUCUCCCCCCUCGGCCCAGCGUUCGCCUCCUCUGGCACCCUCAGCUGCUGCCAUGACCUCCCUGCCACCCAUGACGACAGCUGUCAACAGCCCCAUCAGCAGUAUGGGUUCCCCGUUCUCUGUCAUUAGCUCAUCGCUGGGAUCACCCUGUGUUCCGGGAACCCCCUCGGUGGGCUAUGGUCCCAUCAGCAGCCCGCAGAUCAGUGUGUUUUCCAGGAGUUCAGAGAUCAACUCAACGGUGUCCAUGUCAGGGCUGCAUGCAGUCAGCAGCUCGGAUGACGUGAAGCCACCUUUCGGCCUGAAGCCUAUGUCAACCCACAGCCCUGGACCCAUGGUGUCCCAGAAACGUCUUUGUGCCAUCUGCGGUGACCGUUCUUCUGGUAAGCAUUACGGUGUGUACAGCUGCGAGGGCUGCAAAGGCUUCUUCAAGCGCACGGUGCGCAAAGACCUGAGCUACACCUGCAGGGACAACAAAGACUGUCUGGUGGACAAGCGCCAGCGCAACCGCUGCCAAUACUGCCGCUACCAGAAGUGCCUGGCUAUGGGCAUGAAGAGAGAAGUGGUCCAAGAUGAACAACAGCGAUCGGUGCAAGAGGAGCGUCAGAGGAAUAAGGAUCGAGACGGGGAGGUGGAGUCGACCAGCGCUGUCAAUGAGGAGAUGCCUGUGGAGAAGAUCCUGGAGGCGGAGAUGGCUGUAGAACAGAAGACUGAGCUGCAUGCAGACGGCAGUUCCGGCGGGAGCUCGCCCAACGACCCGGUGACCAACAUCUGCCAGGCAGCAGACAAGCAGCUCUUCACCCUGGUGGAGUGGGCUAAGAGAAUCCCACAUUUCUCUGAGCUGCCCCUGGAUGACCAGGUCAUCCUGUUGCGUGCUGGCUGGAAUGAGCUCCUGAUUGCAUCUUUCUCACACCGCUCCAUCACAGUGAAAGAUGGCAUCUUGUUAGCCACAGGGCUUCAUGUUCAUCGCAACAGCGCACAUAGUGCUGGUGUGGGUGCCAUCUUUGACAGGGAGAGUGCGCACAAUGCAGAGGUGGGGGCCAUAUUUGACAGGGUGCUCACAGAACUGGUCAGCAAGAUGAGAGACAUGCAGAUGGAUAAGACAGAACUGGGCUGUCUCCGGGCAAUCAUCCUGUUCAAUCCAGAUGCUAAGGGCCUAUCAAACCCCAAUGAAGUGGAGCUGCUGAGAGAGAAGGUGUAUGCAUCUCUGGAAGCCUACUGCAAGCAGAGAUACCCUGACCAGCAGGGCAGGUUUGCAAAGCUUCUCCUACGACUACCAGCACUGCGCUCCAUUGGUUUGAAAUGCCUGGAACACCUGUUCUUCUUCAAGCUGAUUGGUGACACCCCCAUUGAUACGUUCCUCAUGGAAAUGCUGGAGGCACCCCAUCAAUUGACAUAGGAGGCAGUCUCCUUCUGAAAGCUCAGUCUUUGGGGGUAGGGAGGGUGACACCAUGUCUGCUGGUUUCCAGUUCCCUUUCAGCUUUCUGGCUCCUUGAGUAACAUGCAUAUACAAGAGAACCUGUGUGGUCAGAAAUGCUUUCCCCCCCUAUUUCUGCACACUAUAUGAAGACAAAUGCCACCUUGUGUCUUUCCGUUUUAAAGGUUUGUGUGUGUGUGUGUGUGUGUGUGUGUGUGUGUGUGUGUGUGUUUUAAAGUGGCUUUAAAUAUCUAGACUUAAACUGCCAGUUGGAAGGUCUCUUUUAUGCUGGGGGAUAUGUUGCCACCACUUAGUGAUGUGAACAUUGUUUCACAAAUAUUGAUACUGGACCACCCCCCUUCUCUUACCUGACUGAACGUAUUAUCCGUGUCCAUAUGUCAACAUACACCCUUGACGCUGUUGGGUGGAAAACGUUGAACAAAUGCUUUAAAAAAAAAAAAAAAAAAAAAAAAAAAAAUCUUAAUUCUAUGUUAGCCAGUUUUGCAUUUUUUUUUUUUAAGUUUAGGUGUGCUUCAUAGGUUGACUUGGGGAAUUAACACUGAAUCUUGUGUGAUGUAUUCAGUUGGUGCUUGAACUGAACUUGAAGUACUGUGCUCUUGAAUUGAAGUCUUGUUCGCCUGGCUAUGGCAGAUGCCCAGCUUCUUGCCCAAAUGCAGUUUUAUGGUAUAGAACUUAUUAUUUUUAAUCCUGAAGGCUUUUAAGUGUAACCCAUGGUACCCUGUAUGCUUUCUAUGUAUUUGUGGAAUGAGUAGUUUUGCUGAACAUUUCCUUUACUCCGGCUUCUCAGCUGUGGUUUGCCUGCUCUGAUAGAGCCCAGUCCCCCUGAUUUAGCUGUUGUUAUAAAUUGUUUUUGCUUUGCGCCAAGAACAGACCAAAGUGUUUUAUGAACAGGAAAUUGCACUAUUGCACAGAAAACACCACCCUUUCAAGCCCUCUGAUAUAAGACGGCGGCACGCCCAAUGUUUUUAAACCCCCAGUUGAAAGGAACUGCUUAGCCAGGAAGCCAUGUUGAACUCAGAGGAACCAGUAAAUCUCUUUGAGGACUCUGGGCUGAUGAUAUGGCUCAAGCUCACCAGCAGGACUCUGGAUUUGGAGCUGAAAACCAACAGACGUGGGUUACCCUCACAGCUGGCACUGGGACGUUCUGUUCUAUGCAUAUAGUGUAGAGGGUUUGGGAGGGAGCAGUUACACACAUGCAUGCACACACUGUAAACACAUAUGUGGGGGGGGGACUUGUGCACAUUACAACAUUAGUUAACCAUAAGGCAGGGGAACAGUGUACACUCAGGCUAAGUGAAAUAUAUAUAAAAUAUAUAUAUUUUGUAUUGCCGUGAGCUCAUUAACUUUGUCUUCAUGGUCCCUAGUGGUUUAAAUGGCUCAUCGGCCACAUGCACUAUUAUCCUGUGCAGCAGGGGGUGCAGUUGCAGUUGCAGCACUUCCCUGUUGUGUGUCACAGAUCAGCAUAAGCUCAGACCUGGUGAGCUGUUCCGGCCUUAGGCACGGCAUCUAUUUCUGUGUUGGUCAUAUGACCAGAGUUUUGUGUGUUCUUUUUUGGGUUUUGUUUUUUUUUGUACUUGGCAUCAUUCUUAAAAAUGCUGUUGUAAUAAAGCUGUAGGCCGGGCACAGUGGCAGGUUGAGGAAAGAAAUUACCUGAAAUCGGUUGUAUAGUUAGUGUGUUUUUUUUUUUUUUUAAAAAAGCUAUGGUAAAAUUUUAUUGCCUGGAAAUUGAAGUAAACCUUUUUAUUUCUGGAUAGGGCCAGGGAAUACAUAUUUAGAUUUCCAUGCCUUAAUAUUCAUAAAUUUAGUAUGGCAUGAAAACUAAGCUUGAUCUUUUUUUGGCUUUACACUGGUUUUCCACCAGUUAUCAAGGACACACUGUGAAAUGAAGUCCCAUAAACAGUUUAUUGGAAGCUUUUAAAACAACAAAUAUGAAUCUGGAAAUGCAGAACAAACUACCCCAAGCUGGGAUAUACAUACGUAUGUAUAGUAACAACCAAUCUAUAUUGUGUGUUAGGUAUACAUCGUUGGUGGAAGAGGGAAAUGUCAAGAAUGCUGCCUGAACAGCGGUCCAGUUUUUGUACUUAGGUGCUACAGUAACGCACAGUAUGCCUGAUGAAGUGCUGUGUAUUGCACACCCAUGUUCACACGCAUUUGUGCCCACACAAGCAAUGCUUGACGUGACGAUCGGUGAAGCCUCACGUUAAUGUGUGAUUUGUUCUCGCCAACUGCGUGACGUACACACUGAACCUCUGCAAACAUUAUGCAAGUACACAGAUGCCCUCAGAUCUGUGAUUUUUAUUUUACUCUAGUCGGUAUGUGAUUUUUAGCUCGACUCUUCCUUCCCCCAAACAACCUGUAAAUUAGCACGUCAGAUCUUUGCGUUCAAAUGUUAACACUCCAGUAUGUAACAUAUGCAUAGAAUUUUAUUAGGUACAGUGCAGUCCUAACAGGGUGUUUUGGAAGAUUGUACAUACCACAGAUUAGGUACCAAUGAUACAAGGAAGGUAAAAUCAAGCAGUGUAUUGUACUCUACUGCACAUGUAAUAUGUGUGUGAAUAUAUAUAUAU